AUGGCGUCGUACUUUAUGCCGUCGUUCUUCCAGAAGCGGCUCCUCAAAUACGCCCUGUCUCGCCUGGGCCUGGUGGACACGGAGGCUUUGGAUCCAGAUAACCUAGGCAUCCGCUGGGGACAGCGGUCUACUAUCGAGUUGAGGGAUAUUGGCCUCAAAUUAGAGAAACUAUCGACUCUACUCAAUCUUCCUCCGUCGUGCGAGCUGCUCAGCGCCCGGGUUCAGCUUCUUCGAAUCACCCUUCCUGCCGAUUUCCACAAUAGCGGGAUCCUGUGUGAGGCAAACGGCAUCGACGUACAUAUUCGGUUAUUGUCAGACGAGUCGAAUAAGGGGCAACAUGUAAAAAGGAAAAGCGAAAAACAUGACUAUUCGGCGGUGCCCACACCGUCUGGUCUUGCGGAGUCAUUCCUUGAGUCUGAGCCAAAGGAGGAAAGGGAAGAGCUGCAGGCUGCAAUAGCGUCACAGUCGCAGGUCCUGCCCCAAGACCCAUUAGCCUGGUCCACCGAUGACGAUAAUGAGCUUGGUCUUGGGAGUGAGACUCUAUCACUGCCGAGCUUUGUGGCCGGGUUCCUGAAAGGCGUUGUGGACCGACUCCAACUCAAGAUAAAAGAUGCAGUUGUGCGAGUGGAUAUGGAGUUGAAGCAAGAUGGAACGUCGAAAAGGCAACCUGAACAUAAGCCGGAUCUUGUUGCGGGGCUGUUGAGCGUCGGGAAAAUUGAUGUACACGGAGUAUCCGAGAAAACCUUUGGCCCGGAGGAGGGUCUUCCUUUCCGAGAAGGGAAGCGGCUCAUCUCAAUCGCAGAUAUCAAUUUUGGGUUGCUUUCGGACCCAUCGGUGUUCUCGAACUACUCUCGCUUCGCUCCCCCAGCAUCCCCGACGACCACUAUGCGGUCAAAAGGGAGCCAGCCGUCGAGCAGAGCGCCUUCACCCUCUCCAUUGGAUCACUCCGACGAGGAACCCCUUGCUAUGACCCAAUCAACUAUUUUCGAGCCGCCGCAAGCUUUUGGCCAUUCAAGUACCACCGCAGACCGGUUAGAGGCGUCUGCAUUUUCCGAUGGUCGAUUCUCAGAUGCCGACUCUGGGUCAGGUAGUCACCGUGGUAGAUAUCUGGAGGAUUCUCAAAUAUUUGGAGAUGACCCCUUCCAGGACAACCCGGGGUACUUAGACUCGGUUAUUGACACACAAUUCGAUGAUUUUGAUGAUGAGCAGUCGCCGGUAAUACAUCCCGAAGAAGACCGACGGGCCGGGAGCGAAUGGAGGAGUCACUUAUCUCAUGGCACACGAAGCUUGCAUCAGAUCCAACAGGUCGAAUCCUCUGAUGAGCCCUUGGUCCCCUCUGGCAGCUAUCAUGUAUCCCAAACUUACGACACACAUCACAGCCAAAUCGGCUCUGAAAUUGACGAAAUAACGCAAACCACACAGCAUUACAAUGAUGACGAAAAUGAACAUAACGAAACAUCAGAAUUGAGCGUAUCAUCCCAUCCUCCUAGUACUUCUUCUCCGCGCCCGGAGCCCGACAGAACGAGCUUACGAGAAGAAACAUCAAAUGCUGAUCUCGACGAGUCCAAACUUUUCUCCCACGAUGAAGCGCAAAGCCUUUACAUGAGCGCUACCAGCCAGGGUGUGAGUGGGAGCUUCAUGCCACGAAUGCCAGGUGGGUGGGGCUCGUUUGAUAGUGCACCGGGUGCUCUUGAUGACCGAUCUAAAGUUAUCGCACCUAUUGAUCCGGCACGCUCUGCCCAUGUUCAAGGUGAAGCAGAUUCAAGAUGCACAGCCCCAUCGGAAGACAAUGUCACUGAACAGCAUGAUUUGGAUGACCAAGCCCAAUCUCAGACAUUGCACAAGGACAGAACCUCAACUCCAUCAUCUCCUGGGUUGCACAGAAUCAAUGAAAUGAGAAAAUCGGUGCUUACCGUUGACAAGAUUUUGCUGUGGCUCUCACCUGCUGCUUCUGAAGAAGAAGAAGAAGUAGUGUCAGCCGAACCGUCGCCUGUGCUACAAAAAGGGAACGUAGGCAGUGACCUAAAUGAAUCCACUGCCAGCUUUGCGGACUCCGCACCCGAAGAAAGUCUACUUGCCUCCAGAGCGUACAAAUCUACAAGGUUCGGGAGAGACUCUUCUGAGGCACGGGCUCAGUCAAGUGCUGGGACUGAACUGCCUGAAAUUGCUGUGGAAGUGUUCUCUGUCUCCGUGCAUUUCGAUAUUGCAACUGGUUGGCUUCUAACCAAGAUAGGACAAAAGUUGUCUCACACUCUCGGUACGGCUGAAAGAGAUCCGUCUGAGAAGCAGUCGCGAAAGGACCAACCUGCGCGCACACCACCUGUUCAUCUUGUCGUCCAUGCACUUUCAAUAAAAUUCAUCGAACGUGUUUCGGGGCAUGUAUAUUCGUCUGACAAUAGUGGCUCGUCUUUGUCUCCUCCCUACAGCAUGGAAGACGUGAUUCUUCGCCUUGCUCUAUCUAGUUUGAAUGCUCGCCUUUCAGCUCAAAGUACAACUACCAAGCUGAAUUUUGAUGUAUCCAAGUUUGCAUUCGGCUUCGCCUCCGAGGAUAUCAUAUUCUUUGAUGAAAGAUUGAAGAUGCGUGAAUCUACGCGUGAUGUUUUAUCCCCUUCCCAAGGAGAUAUUUCUAUCUCUUUGGUCAAAUCGGCAGAUCUAGCCAAGGUUGACAUCUCCACGCUGCCGCUCCAUAUCAAUCUCAAUAUACAGCGCCUAGAAGAGGCCCUAAGCUGGAUGGGUGGCCUGAGCACCAUUCUCGAACUUGGUGGUUCCAUGUCGUCUGUGUCAACAGUCAAAGGCUCCCCUCCACCUUCCAAACAGCGGCCCCGCGGUGUGCAUUUUGAGACACCUGCCCCAGCUGUUCACACGCCCAAGGGCACGUCAGCCUUAUGGAAAGUAAAUGCCCGAGUUGGUGCCAUCCUGUUGGAUAUUACUGGUGAGACUCACAGUCUUCAACUUACUACGACCGCCGUCAAAAUCGUCAGCAGGUUUGAAGGGAUUGGUAUCCAAAUAGACAAGGCCAAAAUGAUCGGGCCACUUUUAAUUAAUGACACAUCAUCUGAUACUCCCGCCAAAGUCACGCUGAACAACAUCCGCCUUGAAUUCCUCUUUGCCCCGAAGGAGGUUGAUCUCGAUCGUCUUCUAACAUUGAUUACUCCGUCCCAGGACAAAUUUGAAGUGGAAGAUGAUAUCAUGUUAGACACACUGUUGCGCCAGCGACGACAAGGAUCUGUUCUUCGCGUGACAGUGGGGCGCUUGGAAACGUUCAUCUCAGAUACCGGUGGGUUAGAGCCUCUCUCGUCUCUUGCUGUCGAGCUGGGUCGGCUUUCCAAUGUCACCAAGUAUUUGCCGGAAGAUGAUCGCCCUGGCAUUCUUACUUUGAUCCUGGUUCGUGACUUCCAAGGAGACCUACACGUUGAUGGAGAAGUUGGGGACAUCGGAAGUCGACUUACCAGUGUUGAAGUUGCACACAUCACCAUGCCUUCACUCACUGCGGCCCAAAUCGGAACCAUGACCGACCCUGACCCGUCCUAUCCGCCGGUCCUCAUGGCUCGUUUCAUACCCGACGAGAUGGAUCCUACCUACAAGAUCAAACUUCACAACCUCCUUGUCGAGUACACGGUACCAUCAGUGACGGCCUUCCUUGGAUUGGGUGGCGACAAGAUGAGCGGAGAUUUGGCAAGUAGUAUGGUCAACUCUAUCGCCAAUCUUGCAGAGCACUCAAUGUCAUUACCUUCGAUGACAGGGCGACCGAUGUCGAAAGAAUCCAGCUCCUCGACAAAGCCAAUUAAAUUGUCAGUUGUGUUUAGAGAUUGUGUUCUUGGCCUCAACCCUCGGAAUUCCUCCGCAAAAGGCCUUGCAGUCCUCACCGACGCCAAGUUCGGAGGAACUAUUCAUGGAGACGAAUCUGCAGAAGCAUCAUUGGAUGUUAGGAAAGCCUCGCUCAUGAUCAUCGACGACGUGUACCAUGAGAGUGCUUAUAACCUCCACCAGCGAGGCUCGGUCGUUCCCCAGGGCACCCAAGCUCAAGCGUAUAUCGAUAAAGGUUACGUUCCUGUCUCUUCCAUCUCGUCGGCAACUGCUGGUGUCAAGCUUACCAGCGCUGAGGAUGGUACAAAGUCUUUGGACGUAGAGCUGAGAGAUGAGCUGUUGAUCCUCGAGACCUGUGCGGAUUCAACUCAAACGCUUAUUAGCAUCAUGAAUGGGCUUCAGCCUCCACCUCCGCCAAACGUCAAUGUCAAAUAUCGAACAGAGGUUAUGCCCAUCCAAGAUAUGUUCGCCUCCUUCACUGGUGACGCAUUUGCAGCCGAUCCCCCUCUUCCCCAUGAUAAUGAUAUGGCAACUAUCCCCGAAGGAUCAUCCAGGGAAGGUCAGCUAACCGACGAACUUGAAUAUGUCAGCGAUUUCUAUCCCAUGACGGGUGGCCUUGGUGGUGCGGGAAUUGAGGCCAUAGAAGCGGACUCCAAUGAUCUGCUGGACAGCUUCCAUUCCCAAUACCAAGUAUCUUCCAGUAUGACGGAAUUGGAUUUCCAGGAGGACCAUUUUGCAAAGAAAUCAGCUGUAGGCGGAACCGCGCAUCGGUGGGACUCCACCCAGAACACCUACGGGUUCGCCAACGACACGAAGCUCGAGCGGAGUCCUUUGCGUGUGCGUAUGCGAGACGUACAUUUCAUCUGGAAUCUGUUUGAUGGAUAUGAUUGGCAGCGCACCCGUGACACAAUAUCCAAAGCUGUCAAGGACGUGGAAACCAAGGCCACAGAACGCCGUUCCAGGGGGUCAAGGGUGUCACCUUCGGCAGAAGAUGAAGAGGAGUCUGUCAUCGGCGAUUUCCUCUUCAAUUCCAUUUACAUCGGUAUUCCAGCCAACAAGGAUCCACGGGAACUCCACCGCGAGAUCAAUCAUGACAUCGAUGAUUUCACCAGUGAGACUGGGAGCUAUGCAACAACCACAACUGUGACUGGGGCUGGAAGUCGCCAGGGCCGGCCAACCUCUAAGAGGGAGAAGAAAUUACGCUUGCAUCGGAGCAAACACCACAAAAUGACUUUUGAGUUGAAAGGUGUCUCUGCCGACCUGAUUAUCUUCCCACCAGGCUCAGAAGAGACUCAGAGUUCGUUGGAUGUGCGGGUCAAGGACUUGGAGAUCUAUGACCACGUUCCAACCUCGACCUGGAAGAAGUUCGCAACCUACAUGCGUGAGGCUGGCGAAAAAGAGAGCGGAACGAGCAUGGUUCACCUUGAGAUUCUGACUGUAAAGCCUGUGCCUGAGCUAGCUGCAUCUGAGAUUGUUCUCAAGGUUUGCCACUAUUCUACCCCCCUCCGGUUGCAUGUUGACCAAGAUGCUCUCGACUUCAUGAGUCGGUUCUUUGAGUUUAGGGAUGAGACCGCCCAACCAUCCGAUACUCCGGGCGAUGUUCCAUUUUUGCAGCGGGUAGAGAUAAACGCCGUGCAAGUCAAACUAGACUUCAAGCCUAAGCGGGUCGACUACGCAGGACUCCGGUCCGGCCGCACAACCGAGUUCAUGAACUUUUUCGUCCUAGAUGGCGCCGACAUGGUGCUACGACAUGUGAUCAUCUACGGAGUGUCUGGAUUCGACCGAAUGGGCCAAACUCUUAACGACAUCUGGAUGCCAGAUGUCAAGCAGAACCAGCUGCCCAGUGUGCUGGCUGGUCUAGCUCCGAUCCGUUCCCUAGUCAACGUUGGCGGCGGCGUGCGCGACCUGGUUGUCGUCCCAAUGCGUGAGUACAGAAAGGAUGGCCGAAUCGUGCGCAGCAUCCAAAAGGGCGCGUUAGCCUUCGCCAAGACAACCUCUAACGAGCUGGUCAAACUCGGCGCAAAACUCGCCAUCGGCACACAAACCGUCCUCCAAGGCGCGGAGGACCUACUGACCACCCCGAACGCACCCGCCUUCGACGAAGAUUCCCUCGACGAAGACGAAGCCAAGAAGAUCUCGCUGUACGCUGACCAGCCGGUUGGGGUGGUACAGGGACUACGUGGGGCGUUCAGUGGUCUCGAGCGUGAUCUGCUCUUGGCUCGCGACGCAAUCGUCGCCGUACCCGGGGAGGUGGUCGAGAGUGGGAGUGCCAAGGCCGCCGCAAAGGCAGUCUGGAAACGUGCGCCCACAGUCAUCCUCCGACCCGCUAUCGGGGUGUCCAAGGCUGUGGGACAGACUCUACUUGGUGCGGGGAAUACCCUUGACCCGAGCAAUCGACGAAAGAUGGAAGAUAAGUAUAAACGGUACUGA